GCAAUAGGAAAUGGAAAUGGAUAGAGAACCAAUAUAUUAAUUCAAUUUCAUGUCAAGCACGUUCAAAGCGGUGCCCAACCAUCCUGAAGAAAACGAAGAAAAAUCGAGCAAGAACAACGCCGUUGAUGAAUUUGGACUGCCAGAUGAACGAACCCAACAUUUUUCAAUUCCAAAUGGCAAUCAUGGCGUAUCUAGACUUUGAUGUCAUUCCUCUUACGACUUAUAGUUAUAAGUACCUGAUUUUCUUCAACCCAUCACGGGAAAAUGGCUAAGAAACACACCCGAUUGCAGAGGUUGAGAGUUUCUCAAUCGUCGGCUUGUUUCAAGGUCUGUUUCCAGCAGAUUCGAACCAGACCCACCGGCGAUUUGAUUAAGACUUGUCAGAAGGAGGAGCUAUUAGGGCAUGGGGCGGAUGAGUAUUGCACGGACAGCGCGAAGUCUGUGGCUGAGAUUGGUAAUCGAAUCAUGGUUGUGGUUGAUUCUAGUUUUGGGGGCAAAGGGGCUCUUGAAUGGGCUUUGUCUCAUGCUGUUCAAAAUCAAGAUUCUAUUAUUCUUCUUCAUGUUGCCAAGUCUUCAAAACAAGGCGUUGUGUUUGAUGAAAUGCUUGACAUGAAGGUUUAUCAACUUCUUCUGUGUAUGAAGAAUAUGUGCCAAAUGAGAAGGCCAGGGGUUAAAGUGGAGAUGGAAUUCCUACAAGGGAAGGAGAUGGGUCGUGUCAUUGUGGAAGAAGCAAAGAAACAGCGAGUGUCUUUGCUGGUUCUUGGGCAAAGAAAGCAGUCACCAUUCUGGUCACUGGUAAAGAAGUUCAGUACAAACAAGAGAAGGAGUCAUGGCGGGAUUGUGGAGUACUGCAUCCAAAACUCUUCAUGCCCGACCAUUGCGGUGAGGAGGAAGAGCAAGAAACUAGGAGGGUAUUUGAUCACUACAAAAAGUCACAAGAAUUUCUGGCUUUUGGCUUGAAUCUGUGUUAGAAUUUGUUCCUUCCAGCUGCCAUUGCUUUUUGUGCGGAGGAAAACAAGAUGGAAAUUGUGAGGCUUCUGAUAUUGUAAGUCUUAUUUGACCUCACUUUUUGCUUCUUUUAUGAUCAUGAGUGGCUGUAUUACUCAAAAGUAGAAACCCACAAAAAGAAAAUGAUGUGGAAAUUUGUAAAUGGAUCUUCUGUUUCCACUUUCUUCUUGUUAUUUGAUCCAAGCUAGAUGAUUAUCAUU